AUGACCGCGCUCUACAUCGAGCGCUACCUCAACUGGGGCCUGACGCGCGAGGAGCUCCAGUCGGGGCGGCCGCUCAUCGGCAUCGCCCAAACAGGCUCCGACCUGUCUCCGUGCAACCGGAUCCACGUCGAGCUGGCGAGCCGAGUGCGUGACGGAAUUCGCGACGCGGGCGGUGUGCCCUUCGAGUUCCCGUGCCACCCUAUCCAGGAGACGGGCAGGCGGCCCACCGCCGCGCUCGACCGCAACCUCUCGUACCUCAGUCUCGUCGAGGUGCUGCACGGUUACCCGCUCGACGGCGUCGUGCUGACAACAGGCUGCGACAAGACAACGCCGGCCCUGCUCAUGGCCGCCGCGACCGCCGACCUGCCCGCCAUCGUCCUCUCCGGCGGCCCGAUGCUCGACGGCUGGCGGCUCCUCUCCUCUGGCGAGAUCGGCUACUCCGAGUUUAUGGACCGCGUGUGCGCGUCGGCGCCGUCGCCGGGGCAGUGCAGCCGCACGGGCACCGCCUCGGAGGAACGGGCUGGACUGAGCUGCGCCGCGGUGCCGGCGCCGUACCGCGAGCGCGCGCAGUACGCCUAUCGGACGGGGCAGCGUGCCGUCGGGCUGGUGCACGAGGAUUUGCGCCCGUCCGCCAUCCUCACGCGGCCCGCCUUCCUCAACGCGAUCCGGGCGAGCGAGACGUCGCCGGAGGCCAUCGCUCGGCAUGCGCAGGCGGAGCUGCACGACCUGCCCCUCCUCGUCAACGUCAUCCCGUCGGGCCAGUUUCUCUGCGAGUCCUUCUACCGUGCGGGCGGCGUGCCGGCAGCGCCCCUCACGGUGACCGGGCGCAGCGUGGCGGAGAACGACGUCAUCCGCACCGCCGCAGCUCCGCUCCGCGCGCGCGCCGGCUUCCGCGCUCGUGUCGGAAACCUCUUCGACUCUGCGCUGCUCAAGACGCGCGAGGGCGUGCUGGAGGCGCGGGCGAUCGUCUUUGAGGGCCCCGAGGACUACCACGGCAGGAUCAACGACCCCGAGCUGGCCGAUUGCAUCCUCUUCAUUCGGUACGUCGGGCCGGUCGGCUACCCCGGCUCUGCGGAGGUAGUCAACAUGCAGCCGCCCGACGCGCUCAUCUCGCGCGGCGUGGACCACUUGCCCUACCACGUCCUCGAGAGCACGAGCGAGUCGCCGUCGAUCCUCAACGCGUCGCCCGAGGCCGCCGUCGGCGGGGCGCUCGCCAUUCUGCGCACGGGCGAUACCGUGCGGCUUGACGUGGCCGCCGGGUCGCUCGACGUGGUCCGCUGCGCCGACGGAGGAGAGAUCACUCCGGCUGUGCUCGAGGCGCGGUGGGCGGAGCACGUCCCUCCGCCGCUGCCGAGCCAGACGCCGUGGCAGGAGAUCUACCGCGCAACGGUCGGCCAGCUGGAGACGGGGGGUUGCCUCGAGCUCGCGACGAGGUACAAGCGGGUGGCAGAGCAGCUGGCGCGAGAUAACCACUAG